AUGGAUGGGUUCAUGGCGAGUGCAGCGACGGGGGUGAUGAGCUCCCUUCUUGCCAAGCUCGGCGAGCUGCUCGGGGAGGACUACAAGAUGCAGAGGGGCAUGAGGCGCGAGAUCGCGUUCCUCAAGGAUGAGCUGAGCAGCAUGAAUGCACUGCUUGAGAGGCUAGCUGACUCGGAGACGCUUGAUCCGCAGACGAAGGAGUGGAGGGAUCAGGUGAGGGAGAUGAGCUACGACAUUGAGGAUUGCAUCGAUGAUUACAUGCGCCAGCUGCAGAAUGAGCCACAGAGGCAUAGUGGGAUCACUGGAUUCUUCUUCGGGUAUGUCCAGAAAGUGAAGGAUCUUGUUACCUGCCAUGAGAUUGCCGAGCAGAAUCAGGAGCUCAAGGCUCCAAUUGUUGAGGCGGGCCACAGAAGGAAGAGGUACAAGAUUGAUGAAACAGUUAAUUUUGGUGGCGUCAAUGUGAUCCCUGUGGACCGUCGGUUGCCAGCUCUCUAUGCAGAAUUGGGUGGCCUUGUUGGUAUCAAUGCUCCUAGAGAUGAGGUCAUCAAGCUAGUUGACGAUGGGGCGCAGGGGGUCAAGGUGGUGUCUAUUGUGGGUUGUGGAGGAUUAGGAAAGACUACAGUUGCAAAUCAAGUUUACAAAAAUAUUGCUAAGAAAUUUGAUUGCCAAGCUUUUGUGUCCUUGUCCCAAAAUCCUGAUAUGGUGAUCAUCUUUCGGUCCACACUGUCUCAAGUCAAGAAGGAUGAGUGCCAUAGCACCAGCUCAUGUGACAAGGAACUUCUCAUUAGUGAAUUGAGGGAUUUCCUAAAGGACAAGAGGUAUUUUAUUAUAAUUGAUGACAUAUGGAGCACCCAAGCAUGGAAGACAAUUAAAUUUUCUUUGGUUGAGAAUGCUUGUGGCAGUAGAAUAAUAGUGACAACAAGAAUUGGUACUAUUGCCAGAUCUUGUUCAUCUCCAUUCCAUGAUCUCGUAUUCGAAUUAAGGAUGCUAAGUGCAGAUGACUCCAAAAGGCUAUUCUUUAGAAGAAUUUUUGGCUCUGAGGACAAGUGCCCUCACCAGCUCAAAGAGGUUUCAGUCGAAAUAAUUAAGAAGUGUGGUCGUUUACCAUUGGCAAUCAUUACUAUGGCUAGUUUGUUGACUACUAAAUCAUAUACCAGAGCUGACUGGUUGAAGACUUGUUUAUUGUAUCUAAGUAUGUUUCCAGAAGAUUAUGUGAUCGAGAGGGAUUAUUUGGUAAGAAUGUGGAUAGCAGAAGGAUUCAUUAGUGCACAUGGUAGAAGAAAUUUGGAGGAUGAAGGUGAAUUCUAUUUUAAUGAACUUAUCAACAGAAGCUUAAUGCAACCGGUAGAUUUCCAGUAUGAUGGUAGAGUAUACGCAUGCCAACUUCAUGAUAUGAUUCUUGAUCUCAUUACAUGUAAGGCAGUUGAAGAAAAUUUCGUAACUGUUGUUACUAAUAGAAAACAAAUGUUGCCCUCACAUGGCAAGGUCCACCGACUCUCACUUGAAUGCCAUGAUCUUGAAAAUUUAAAAGCAAAUCCCAUUGUUACUACUCAUGUUCGGUCCCUGCACAUAUUUAGAUACUCUGAAGGAAUGCUUCCUCUUUCAGGCUUUCGGUCCCUAAGAGUGCUUGAUCUAGAUGGUAAUGAGAAUUUGGAAAGCUGUUAUCUGGAAGAUAUAGGGAAGUUAUUUCAGUUGCGAUACCUACGGAUUAAGUCAAGCAAUAUUACACUUCCAGAAAGGAUAGGAGAGCUUCAGUGUUUGGUGAUACUGGAUCUUCUGAAUUGUCUUAAUCUAGGUGAAUUGCCUACAAGUAUUGUUGAACUUCGGCACUUGAAAUGGUUAAUUGUUCCUCGAAUGAACUUGCCAGAUGGAGUUGGGAACAUGCAAUCCAUGGUCACUAGACUUCUUGUUGGAACCUUGGUCCCCAACUCCACAUCUCCUUCAGAAGUUAGUGAUCAAAGGAUGGCAUCUCAGCAACAAACCUCUCCUACAAGGUUUGUAAUUCCAGUUUGGAUGUCCUCGCUAACCAACCUCACCUACCUAGACAUUGAGGUUAAAGUUAGACAGGAAACUCCUCAGAUCCUUGGAGAUUUCCCUGCCUUACAAUUCCUGAAGUUGUGCUCAAAUGCAGCAGGAUCUGAGGUAAGGUGCCUUGUUGUCAGCAACAACGGAUUCCGAUGUUUGAAGAAGUUCAGGUUUGUUGGUUGGGUAAAUAUGAUGUUCAAAGAAGGAGCUGUUCCAGUGCUUGAAACUCUUGAAUUUCAAAUCAUAGUGCAUGAGGUGCAGACUGCAUGCAGGUUUGGUCCUCCAGAUUUUGGCAUCAGCCACCUCUCCACCCUAAGGAAUCUUGUUGUCAAUGUUCACUGUCAGGGUUCCAGAGUUAAAGAGGAGGAGGCACUGGAGGCUGCUAUCCGGAGUGCAGCCAGUAUGCUUCCUAAUCAUCCUACACCAGCUUUGCACAGAUUUCUUGAGUCAGAACUCGUAAAAGAAUGA